CAGGCAGAGGAAGUUCCGGGACCCUCCCUGCGCCGGGCCCACCUCCGCUUCCUGCCUGCCGCCGCCUCACCUUGUGCCCAGUGUCUGGACCGCCCCCGAACUGCCUGGGAAAUGUGACCUUAACUCUGGGGGGCCGCCUGGCCCUCAGCCCCGGCCUGCCUUCCUCCCUGGGUCCUCCUCGAGCCUCUGAACCCACCAUUCCUCAGGCCAGGCUGUGGACACUGGCUCCUGGGGCUGUGCUGGGCACAAGUGGGCACCUGCGCCGGCCCCACCUGUGCCCGGGCUGCGGCCCUUCCCCGCAGGGCGCCCACCAUGGCCCCUCCGCUCCUGCUGCUGCUGCUGGCCGGCGGAGCGGCCGCCUGCCCGCUGCCCUGCGUCUGCCAGAACCUGUCGGAGUCGCUCAGCACCCUCUGCGCCCACCGAGGCCUGCUGUUUGUGCCACCCAACGUGGACCGGCGCACGGUGGAGCUGCGUCUGGCCGACAACUUCAUCCAGGCCCUGGGGCCUCCUGACUUCCGCAACAUGACCGGGCUGGUGGACCUGACGCUGUCCCGCAAUGCCAUCACCCGCAUUGGGGCCCGCGCCUUUGGCGACCUGGAGAGCCUGCGCUCCCUGCACCUGGACGGCAACCGGCUGGUGGAGCUGGGCAGCGGCAGCCUGCGGGGCCCUGUCAACCUGCAGCACCUCAUCCUCAGUGGUAACCAGCUGGGCCGCAUCGCGCCGGGGGCCUUCGAUGACUUCCUCGACAGCCUCGAGGACCUGGACCUGUCCUACAACAACCUCCGGCAGGUGCCCUGGGCCGGCAUCGGCGCCAUGCCUGCCCUGCACACCCUCAACCUGGACCACAACCUCAUCGACGCGCUGCCGCCCGGCGCCUUUGCCCAGCUGGGUCAGCUCUCCCGCCUGGACCUCACGUCUAACCGCCUGGCCACACUGGCCCCAGACCCGCUCUUCUCGCGCGGACGUGAAGCUGAGGCUUCCCCCGCCCCGCUGGUGCUGAGCUUCAGCGGGAAUCCGCUGCACUGCAACUGCGAGCUGCUGUGGCUGCGGCGCCUGGCGCGGCCCGACGACCUGGAGACCUGCGCCUCCCCGCCCAGCCUGGCCGGCCGCUACUUCUGGGCGGUGCCCGAGGGCGAGUUCUCCUGCGAGCCGCCGCUCAUCGCCCGCCACACGCAGCGCCUGUGGGUGCUCGAGGGCCAGCGGGCCACGCUGCGAUGCCGCGCGCUCGGGGACCCGGCUCCCACCAUGCACUGGGUUGGCCCUGACGACCGGCUGGUUGGCAACUCCUCCCGCGCCUGGGCUUUCCCCAACGGGACCCUGGAGAUCGGGGUGACGAGCGCCGGGGACGCAGGAGGCUACACCUGCAUUGCCACCAACCCUGCUGGGGAGGCCACCGCCCAAGUGGAGCUCCGGGUGCUGGCCCUGCCCCAUGGCGGGAACAGCAGCGCGGAGGGCGGCCGCCCCGGGCCCUCGGACAUCGCUGCCUCUGCUCGAACUGCUGCCGAGGGCGAGGGGGCUCUGGAGACGGAGCCUGUAGUGCAAGUGACAGAGGUGACCGCCACCUCGGGGCUUGUGAGCUGGGGCCCGGGGCGGCCCGCGGACCCCGUGUGGAUGUUCCAAAUCCAGUACAACAGCAGUGAAGAUGAGACCCUCAUCUACCGGAUCGUCCCAGCCUCCAGUCACCACUUCCUGCUCAAGCACCUGGUACCGGAUGCUGACUACGACCUCUGCCUGCUGGCCCUGUCGCCGGCUGCCGGGCCCUCGGACCUCACGGCCACCAGGUUGCUGGGCUGCGCCCACUUCUCCACACUGCCCGCCACACCCCUGUGCCACGCCCUGCAGGCCCACGUGCUGGGCGGGACGCUCACUGUGGCUGUGGGCGGGGUGCUGGUGGCUGCCUUACUGGUCUUCACUGUGGCCUUGCUGGUUCGGGGCCGGGGAGCUGGGAACGGCCGCCUCCCACUCAAGCUGAGCCACGUCCAGUCCCAGACCAACGGGGGCCCCAGCCCCACGCCCAAGACGCACCCGCCGCGCAGCCCCCCGCCCCGGCCCCAGCGCAGCUGCUCUCUGGACCUGGGGGACAGCGGCGGCUGCUACGGGUACGCCAGGCGUCUGGGGGGCGCCUGGGCGCGGCGGAGCCACUCUGUACAUGGGGGGCUGCUGGGGGCGGGGUGUCGGGGCCUCGGGGGCAGCGCAGAGCGGCUGGAGGAGAGCGUGGUGUGAUGGGAACAGCGUCCCCGCUGCCCUGAGGAGCGAGUGGCGUCCUGUGCUGGCCGAAGGUGAGGGCGGCGCUCCGCCCUGCUCCCCUCCUGGUUUUUAUCCUCGGUACCUCAGGCUCCCCGUGUUCUUGGUGGGACAGCAAGCCCUUUCCUCAGUUCUGGCCUCCAGACUGGGGGACAGGGACAGGUCCCUCCGACAGGUGCUCAGAGCCACCAAGGCAGAGGCUGCGGCCACCAAGUGGGAGUCUCAUUUCUAUUUAUAAUAAAAUUGUUGGGGA